AAAUUUAAAUUUUUAUAGUGAAAUGCAUUUGUAGUUUUUUUUUAUUUGUUUUAUUUUAAAUUGUUUAUGUUUAGCCGGUUUACAUAAUAUUGUGCAUAAUGCUAAAUGAUAUAUCAUUUAAAUCGAUUUUAAAAUAACAUUUAUUAUAAAAUUAAGUAAACUUAAAGCAAUGGCCGUCAUAAAAAGAAACAAGUUAUAUCUGAGUUAAAACUCUUAGUUUCAAAAUAGAAUAAUAAAAAGAAAAUAAAAUGGACUUGAUAGAUUUUAAUUAAAUGCGACUUAUUGUACUUAUAAUAAAUUCUGAGUUCUUUUAUUAAACAAAAUGAUCGUUUUCUAUAACACUAAAUUUUUGACUUGGUCAUUAGUGUUUGCAGUGCAAAUAAUAUACAGUUCUUGUGUCACCGAAAAUUCAACUCUACAUAAGUGUGAAUCAGUCCAAAAUAUUUUAAAAUCUCGAGGAAUAUAUUUUGAUACAAAUGAGAAAACAACAAAUGGAAAAUACUGUCUGUUCGAACAACCAAUCAAAUGUUGCUCUGAAAGUUUAGAGAAUAAACUUGUCAACGUAGCAAAGAGUCAGUUAGAAAGAAACUCUAAAGAGUUGAUACAAAAGCUUACGGUCAUACUCAAAAUUAGAGCACAGAAGUUUAAUGAACAUUUUAAAGAGCUGUUAAAUCAGUCCAAAAGAGAGUUUCAUGAUAUGUUUAAGAGAACCUACGGCAUUAUUUACGAACAAAAUUCUCAUGUAUUUUCUGAUUUAUUCAAAGAACUAGAAGGUUAUUACACACGAGGAAAGGUUGAUUUAAUGGAAGCCAUGGAUUCUUUCUUUAAUGUGCUUUAUCAAAAAAUGUUUACAGUCAUUAAUAUGCAAUAUCAAUUUGACGACAAAUAUUUAGGUUGCGUUGGAGAGCACAUGAAGACUUUAAGACCAUUCGGUGAUGUACCUGAUAAGUUAUCUGUUAUUUUAAAACGAUCAUUUGUUGCUACCCGGACAUACGCACAAGCGUUGAACACAGCAGCGGAAAUUACAAAAUAUUUGGAAAACGUCCGUUUAACACCUGCUUGUAUUCGAGAAGUAGCGAUGAUGCAUGUUUGUGGUCUUUGCAGUGGAAAUAUAAGAAAACCCUGUUCGUUGUAUUGUCAUAGUGUGAUGAAAAGUUGUUUUCAGAGACUUUUUAACGACCUAAAUUUUGAAUGGGAUAACUUUGUAUCUGCUAUGGAAAAAUUAUCAGAACGUCUUCUUGGACCUUUUAAUAUUGUAAUGGUCGUCGAACCAAUAAAUAUAAAAAUAUCCGAAGCUAUUAUGAAUUUCCAAGAUUCAGGUCAAGAUAUAACAAACAAAAUAUUUCAAGAAUGUGGGAAACCUAAAUUUCAAAGUUCUAUCAAUAGAAUUCGCCGAGCAUCAAAACCAGGGUACAGUCAUUAUGAUGCUCUUGAAAACAAUGGAAACAAGAAAAAAAGAAAAAACAAGAGCAGACAACCAAUCGAGAAAAACUAUCAGAAAGAAAACCGAGAACCAACUAUAGAUAAAUUGAUUAGAGAUAUACGGCAAAAAGUAAAAGAUUCUAAAAGCUUUUGGUUUAAUUUGCCUUAUCAGAUGUGUAAUAGUGAUAAUUUUAUUGUAAACUCAAACAUAGAGAAUGACUGUUGGACUGCAAAAGAUGAAAGUCAUUUAAGCUUGGAAGAAGAACUGAAAACUACAAAAACAACUGACGUACAUCAAUCUACCUCUUUAAAAUACAUAAAUUUAAUAUCAACACAACUAUAUAAAUUACGUGCAGUAAACACGCAUUUGAGAAAUGCAUUUAAUGGAAUGGAUGUGGAAUGGAGUGAUCAAGAUGAUUCAAUUUAUGAUAGUGGAUCUGGAUCUGAUACAGAAAGCGAUGAGAAGGAAGAAUAUGGAUCUGGUAAUGGUAUUACUGAAAUUGAUAAAAAUCGUAAAGUACAAACAAAUAUCGAAGAUGUCACUGAAGACUACACAAAAGAAACAACAUUGGGCCAAGAAACCAUUCAAGCAAAUUCUAUUAGACCGACAUACAGUAGUACAGAUCCCACCCCCAGCUCUGUUCCAUCUUCCAAUAUGAGUCCUUUAAAAGCGGUUGUAGUUUAUUUAAUGCCAAUAUUUAUUGCAUGGUUUGGAGGACUUUUCUCAAAUUUACUGUGAUCAUUAAAAAUAAUGCAUAUUUUUAUAUUGUAAUAUACAUACCUAUUUACUAUUAAGAUCAUAAAUGUAAUUUAAUCAAGAUUUUUUUAAGUAAGUAACUAAUAUUUGCUUAUGCUCUCGACUUACCAGUAAGUACUUAAAAGAAAAAAAAAGAUUAGGAUCGAAAAGUGGUAUAUAGAAAAGCCAUCAAAAUAAUUUUAUCAUUAUGUUUUAAGACUUUAAGCAUUAGAAAUAAAAUGACAACAUUAAUGUUGUUUUGAAUCAUUGUGUAUUCUUUGAGCCUAAGAGCACAGAGAA